AUGAUCCAUCCUCUUCUGUCAGCCCCUUCAAACGCCUUUGAGGCCCCCAUUUCUAUGGACAUAGCGACAUUGGAGCCCGAACCAGAGUUCGGUGACGUACUUGCAUCCAUUGUAAGGGGUGGAGAUGGACAGAAAACGUUUGUGUCAAAACAAUUUCUAGCGCAAGGUGGCAGAGUAACAGAUGGAGUUUUAGUUGUGGAACUCAAUUCAACGUACCAUUGGAAAUCUGUUCCGGAAACCAGCUUUACUAUUGGAAUUGUAGUUCCUGUGGGCGAUAGGGACGUUGAACUAGCAGAACAAACAAGAACUUCGAGUUGUCUACCGUGGUGCGGUACCGGGCAGUCAGCGGUUGGCAGUUGUUCCUUCAUGGAAUACUAUUGCGCUCUCCGAUAUUACGAAUCACUCUUCUUUAAAAGGGUAUAUGAGGACCCUUCUGCAGACUGCGGGCUUCAGGUUUGGAUAUUGUACUACCAAGUCUUAAAACAAGCAGAGAAAUGCUCAACUACCGGUAACCAUACAAAAAGCCUGCACGCGGCCGAUAUAAAGGAGGUCCAGUCGCUAUACUGCAGUGGGUUGGACUUGGAGAGACCUCUGAUGUUAUCCCUCUCUCCGUGUUCCAACAAGCAUAAGCAGGAACUUGUUGACGGGUGCAUUACUGACUUCGCGACAACCUUUUCCAGUGACUUUUCACAGUUAUCUCUGUGCAGGAAACGUGACGAAGCCAAACAGUGUAUCAGAUACGCGUGUCGUACCUACUGCAAUCGCUCAGAUGUGGCUGAUGGUAUCCUAGAAAAGGUCAUCGGUUACUUCGAUCCCUUUUGUGACGGGGACAAGGAUCCAAAGGCGGAGGAAACCGAUCAGUGUGCGAAUUACGCCAAACCUCCUGAUGAUGAAGGUUGCCCCCGUCCCAGUGAGAGUAAGAGUGCAGCAGGGGAGAAAAAUGGCGUCGUUCCCUAUUUGUUUCAUGUCGUGCUUUUCAUAACACCAAAUUUGUGCCUAAACAAUCUUGUGACAAUCUGAAGAGACGAGCGUGGCCUAGUGGUUAAGAAGUUAAACUUUUAAUCCGGAGGUCCCAGGUUCGAAUCAUCCCCCUUCCAUUAGAUGGAUUUGAGUUUGGUAAUCCCAAAUUCAACUGCUCCACAAUUUUAUAUACCGUAAACUUCCGAAAGU